AUGGCUUCCUUCAAAGUAAGUGUCGCCAAUGCCCACCUUCACCUCGGCCUCUCAACUCCACCCGGGCGAGCUCUGUUCACCGGGCUGUUCCCCCCUCCCACGCCCUCCCGGUCGCCGGUCUCGCUCGUUCCGAAAAUGCUAACGAGGUGGCCACUCGGUGGUCUUCAGGAAUUGUCUCUCUCGCGUCCUCUCCCCAACACCACCCCUCGCCAGCAUAAUCACUCGAUCUCAUUGGGAGUGGUCAAUGCCAACCACCGCAUCACCCGCCGCAAAAGUGUCACCACCGCCGCGGCGAAUGUGGCCGCCGCCGUGGCGGCAUCGAUGAAGGAUGGCAGCGAGGCGGCGUCGCUGCCCGUGGGUGCCGCCCACCGUCGAAGUCUGGGAGCUCGCAAGGGACUGGAGUCGUCGUCCCUCAGUGGAUCGUCGGGAUCGCCUUCGUACUUGUCGCGCAGUAUCAACAGUCCCAGCCAGGAACCGCCGGUGGCUCGCAAGGCUACGCCGAGCAACUCCGACGAGGACAGCAAGUCCACCGCCAAGGGCCGCAAUCGUCGCGCCAGCGAAGGUGCCCAUAUGAAGACCGAUGGCAAGCGUGCUCCCGCCGAUCUCCGCUGCGACCGUUGCGGGAAAGGCUAUAAGCACGGCAGCUGCUUGUCUAAACAUAUGUGGGAGCACGAUCCAGCAUGGUCAAUCACGUCCAAGCUUCUUAUCUCCAAGCACCAACAGGUGCAAUUGCUGGAGGCGGCCACCGUCUUGGUCAACAUGAACGUCGACGAAGAGACCCACGACCAAUCUCCCGACGCAGAGUCGGAGUUCUCUUCCGCCUCGCCCGGUGCCUCGUCCGAAGUGCGAGACGGUGGCAGCUCCGCAGAAACCACCCCGCCCCCGAUGGACGAACAGGAGGAGGAUGACGACUUUGAGAUGUCCGGCGUGCCGGCCCACUGGACCAAGCGUCCCAGCAUCAGCCACGCAUUUUCCCGUUCCUACCAGUCGAUUCCAUCGAGCUCGUUCAACGGGAGUGCGCCGCUGCACUCCCCCGCCUUUUCUCAUUUCCGCAAGUCGAGCAUCGACACCCGCCCCUCCACCGCCGAUACCCGCCUUCACGAGGACGACGAGGCAGAUUUGGCGGCCGCGAUCGGACUGUGCAACUUUGGCACUCCCCGCACCGGACCGGUGUCUAUGGCUUCGGACGUGCCUCCAGUACCUCCCUUGCCUGCUCGUUAUCUCGACUCCGGCAGUCAUUCUGGUCCUCUGAGUCCUGGACUCAAGCACUCCAGUCCCGGUCCUAUGAACGAGGUCUAUCGUCGCAACUCCAACGCCGAAGCCUUUUUCUCCGCCUCGCUCAACCCAUCCCUGUCUUACAAGAUCUCUGACGAGCGUGGUGCACGCAACCGUAGUAGUGGCGAACUGACGGCCCAGGAGUCUCGUCACCGCCGCAACGCCGACGUUGACUUUGGCAGCCGUCGUGGCCCCACCGAUGACGACGAUGAUGGUGUCUUUGGCCGGAUGGAGGAGUAA